GCCUGGUCACCGGAAGAGGCGGGCGACGUCACGAGGGCGUACGCGUCUCGCGCGGGGCAGGAGUUGACAGACGGUCUCUGGCUGGAUUUCGGCGGCCCCGGGACCGCGGAAGAGGCUUCCGAGGGCGGCCGCGAUGCCGAGCCAGCAGCGAGUCAGUCAGCUCCUGGAUCUAUGCCUUUGGUGCUUCAUGAAGAAUAUUUCUAGAUACAUCACAGACAUCAAGCCUUUGCCACCCAACAUAAAAGAUAGACUGAUCAAAAUAAUGAGCGUACAGGGGCAGAUAACAGAUUCAAAUAUAAGUGAGAUUUUACAUCCUGAAGUCCAAACUCUAGAUCUACGAAGCUGUGAUAUUUCAGAUACUGCUCUCCUGCACCUAUGUAACUGCAGAAAAUUGAAGAAAUUAAUUUUAAAUUCCUCAAAAGAAAACAGAAUUUCCAUAACUUCAAAAGGAAUAAAAGCUGUGGCUUCAUCUUGUUUUUACCUGCACGAAGCUUCUUUGAAAAGAUGCUGCAAUCUCACUGAUGAAGGAGUCCUUGCUCUUGCACUCAAUUGCCGGCUGCUAAAGAUCAUUGAUUUAGGUGGCUGCUUAGGUAUUACUGAUGUGUCCUUGCAGGCAUUAGGAGAAAACUGCCCAUUUUUGCAGUGUGUUGAUUUUUCAGCUACUCAGGUAUCUGACAGCGGUGUGGUUGCACUUGUUAGUGGACCUUGUGCCAAGAAAUUAGAGGAGAUUCAUAUGGGAUAUUGUGUGAAUCUGACUGAUGAGGCUGUAGAAGCUGUCCUUACUUGCUGUCCUCAGAUAUGUAUAUUACUCUUCCAUGGAUGCCCCCUGGUAACAGAAGUGAAGACAAACUAUACACACAGUCAACCAGAAAAACUUAUCCUUAGGCAAACUGCUUAAAGCAAUCAUCAAAGACCCUACAGAUCAUUCACGAGAAGUCUUGGAGCAAUUAGUAGGCCCAAACAAACUAAAGCAAGUGACGUGGACUGUAUAUUGAUGCUUAUUGAAGCUUAUCAAAGCUAUGAUCUUCAUACUACUUUCCCAGGAAACAAUGAUCUAGAGAUUGGCUUUCCAAUAAUAUGAUUUAUGCUUUGAAGUUAACCAGGCUCUUAAACAUUUUAAUAGUGCUAUUAUUUCUAAGUUUGUUUGAGGAGUGAUUGUUCUUGAAAUGGCAAUCCUAGCAUGCCCUCUGAUGUAUUUGGGGAGGGUAUUGUGUUUGUUUCCUUAAUAGCAAAGUUUUAAAUUACCUGUUUGCCUGGAAAUUUCCUUCUCCUACCUAGAUAUUUGAGCUGCUGUAAGAGAAAUUUACCAAUAUGGAUAAAUACUAGGAGAAUUCUAAGUAAAGAUAUUUCUAAAAGCAUAAUUACCUUCCUAGCUAUUUUUUGGCUGCUACCUUCCAAAUUAUUUAAAUGUCCACUGGCCAAAAAGCAAAGCUGAACAUCAGGCCUGUAACUUCUUCACAGAAUUUAUUAUUUCAAUGAAACAAAGAAAUAUAAUAGUUUAAUGUCAUAAUCCAGGACAUCAUAUAACUUAGCCAUUCAGCAUAUGAAUGUUACUGAGUAUGGCUACUUUUCCCAAAUACAUGCUAUUCAUCUACAAACUUUCAUCCUUAAAAACUGCAGUCAAGAAUGUGUAAGAAUGAGUAAACACAAAAUGUCAUCACAGAAGUUGUAUUCUGAAGCUCUACUGGUUUCACAUUGUGAAAUAAACACACAGGUCUUAGUUUUCAAAUGAAAUGUAUUACUCUCUAUAAUCACAAAAUUCUCUGAAGUGUACUGUGCUUAAACUACCCCAAAAUUCAGCAUAUUCCCUGUGCCAUGAGCCUGUCUCAGUGGGACUUUCUUAAAGAUUUCCUAUUUUUACUGUGAUGUAGUGAAUAACAGGGAAAGUGUGGUAUGGUAGAUUUGUUGUAUAUGUUUAGAGGGAAGGGUUUACAUAUUCAACUCUACUUCUUGUCCUUACUAUUAACUACUUUAUAAAUGUGAUAUGUUUAUAGCAUAGAUACAUAUAUUGCCACUGCAAAGGUGGUACA